GCCGGUUUGAUUCCCUGGCUCUCAGCGAUUACAACGCUUCAUUCCGCUGCAUUGGAGUCCAAUGCCUGAUCGCUACACUUGAAGCUAACUAUAAACAUCACCGUGAUGGAUCAACUCCGUUCACCCCCGCGCCCAACCUCCAGCCGUUCAGCUCACGCUCGUCCGCGCCGGCGGUCAUCGAGCAGCUCAUCUCCAGACAAUCAUGAUCCGAACACUUCUCACACCUCCAAGCGUCGCCGUGUUACCCGAUCCACCGCUUCGGCAACAGCCUCGUCUCCCAUAUCGCCACAGAGUCUUCCCCUCGAUGACCCGACGCCAGAGCCAGAAGUCGAGGAAUCGAUCGACCUCACCGCAGGCGAUGAAUCCUCCGCACUGGCCAAAGCUCUCGCCAAACAGCGUGAGGACGCAGUCAUGGCGCAGCGGGCGGCAGAGCACGAGUCUAGGGAAAGAGGAACAGCGUUGAGGGCGUACAAAUGUCCCGUGUGCAUGGAUACUCCCGUCGACGCCACCAGUACAGUAUGCGGCCAUCUCUUCUGUCACCAGUGCAUCAUGGAUACUUUGAAGUUUGGCGAAGAGCGACGUACAGAUGCAUCGGGCAAGAGUCGCGGCACUUGUCCGGUCUGCCGGAAACCGCUGACCCGUGCGGAUACCCCGGGCACCAAGAGGAAUCUAGUUCCACUGCAGAUUAAGAUGAAAACGAGGAAGCGGAUGGAUGUUGCAGCUGAUUUAUAGCGUGUUCCUUUUUUGUUCCUGUGUUACAUGGGCUUGGGGGCGGCGUUGUGGUGUUUACGGGUCUGUUUCUUUGCCUUCAUCUUGCAGUCUUAUCUAGUGUACUUGAUACUCAACUACAACAGACAAGUCUG